GCGCGCGGGCGGCGCGCGGGGAGCGUCGGGAGCGGGGCGGCCACUCGCGCCUCUGUUUUCCCCCCUCCCCGCCUCCCAGCCGCGACGCUCUGGGGCUCCGCCGCCGACAUGGGCGCCGCCGCGUGGGCACCGCCACACCUGCUGCUGCGGGUGUCUCUUCUGCUUCUGCUGCUGCUGCCGCUCCCGGGGUGGUCGGCCGGCUCCUGGGACCUGGCCGGUUACCUGCUCUACUGUCCCUGCAUGGGGCGCUUUGGGAACCAGGCCGAUCACUUCUUGGGCUCUCUGGCAUUUGCAAAGCUGCUGAACCGCACCUUGGCUGUACCUCCAUGGAUCGAGUACCAGCAUCACAAGCCUCCUUUCACUAAUCUCCAUGUGUCCUACCAGAAGUAUUUCAAGCUGGAGCCCCUGAAAGCCUACCAUCGUGUUGUUAGCCUGGAGGAGUUCAUGGAAAAGCUGGCCCCCGUGCACUGGCCCCCUGAGAAGCGGGUAGCAUACUGUUUUGAGGUGGCAGCCCAGCGAAGUCCUGAUAAGAAGACAUGUCCCAUGAAGGAAGGAAAUCCCUUUGGGCCUUUCUGGGACCAGUUUCAUGUGAGUUUCAAUAAGUCGGAGCUGUUCACAGGCAUUUCCUUCAGUGCCUCCUACAAAGAACAAUGGAUCCAGAGAUUUCCUCCAGAGGAACAUCCGGUGCUUGCACUGCCAGGGGCCCCAGCCCAGUUCCCCAUCCUAGAGGAACACAGGGCACUACAGAAGUACAUGGUGUGGUCAGAUGAGAUGGUAAAGACAGGAGAGGCCCAGAUCAGCACCCACCUCAUCCGGCCCUAUGUGGGCAUUCAUCUGCGCAUUGGCUCCGACUGGAAGAAUGCCUGUGCCAUGCUGAAGGAUGGAACUGCAGGGUCACACUUCAUGGCUUCCCCUCAGUGUGUGGGCUACAGCCGCAGCACAGCGACCCCACUCACCAUGACCAUGUGCCUCCCUGACCUUAAGGAAAUCCAGCGGGCUGUGAAGCUGUGGGUGAGGGCACUGAAUGCCAGGUCAGUCUACAUCGCCACAGACUCUGAGAGCUAUGUGCCAGAGAUCCAGCAGCUCUUCAAAGAGAAGGUGAAGGUGGUGAGCCUGAAACCUGAGGUGGCCCAGAUCGACCUGUAUAUCCUUGGCCAGGCUGACCACUUCAUUGGCAAUUGUGUCUCCUCGUUUACUGCCUUCGUGAAGCGGGAGCGGGACCUCCAUGGGAAGCAGUCAUCCUUCUUUGGCAUGGACAGACCCUCGCAGCCACGGGAUGAAUUUUGAUCACACCUGGAACCCCCAGCAGCUAAGGGUGCUCCUGGGACUGCAAGCUCCUCUUCUUACCUGCCAGAGAUGGAGGACAGUGCCAGGGACUUCUUAGAAGAGGAGGCUUCCAGGGAGCACACACAUACAAAGCAGCCCAACUCUGGCCUGGGGCUUGCCCUGCUCUAAGCAGCCUGCAGUGCUGAACUCUCUCUCUCUCUCUCUCUCUCUCUCUCUCUCUCUCUCUCUCUCUCUCUCUCUCAAGCAGUUACUUUAUAAAGAGGAACAUUUUUUUAAUAGGGUUUCUCAGCUUGAGGGGUCAGGAAGGGAGGGAGGAAGCAGUGAGGUUAAGAUUAUCUCAUAUAGCCCAGGCUGGCCUUGAACUCCUGGUCCUCCUGCCUCUACCUCCUUCAGUGCUGAGAUUAUAGGUGUGUGCCAGGACACUCAACUGAUCUCUAUAGUUUUGAUGCAAAGCCAUGACUACCUGAAAACUCCCUGUUUUUAAAAAUCAGUGGAAUCCCUUAGCACAGAUACCUAAAGUGACCUUAUAAAUGCACACAAAGCCAAGGAGGAAGUGGGCCUAUUGGCCACUUUUCAGGAAUUCAUCUCCACUGCCAGCCUCAGCCAUCAUCAUCCCUGGGCUCCUCUGUGAUGAACACUGCAGGCUGGAGGUAGCAGUCCUGUUGUUCAGUGCUCUGCCACAGGCAAGUGCUCGCACAGCAGGUGAUGGUCUUAGGACCCCAGCACCAUCACUGGGCUGGUGGGGCUGUCUGGGCAAGCAGGGUACCCUGUAGACUUUGUCUGUGCCUGUAGUUAUUCCCCAAGGACUGCUUGCCAAGCCUCCAUUAGUGCAUAGAAGUUGUGUGACGCCCCAGCUUGGAAACAGCCUUUGCCCUUCCUGCCGGUGCUUCUGAACCUGCAGUUCUCAUUCCCCAGAGCCUGAGAGUCUUGACUGGGUGGAUCUAAAUCCUGCCUUGCACAGGGACCUUGAGAGGCUGGGGCCCUGAUGGGUGGCCAUGCAGACCAUCCUGUUGGCACAGUGUUUCUGGGAGUGGGCACUGGGGCUCUUGCCUGUGGCAAGCACUGUACUCUUUGUUCCAGUUUCUCCCCACAAGUGUUGCCUGGCAGGUUAUAAGCUUCAAGUAGGGUAGCGCAUGUUAUAAACGUGAAAGAGACCAAGUCCCCUGUGUGGCCAUUGUGGGCCACCCUGACAGGUCCUGCAUAGCUGCUGUUGGCUUCUGCUGCCACCUCUAGGAGGAAGAGACAAACAGGAAGCCCACUAGUUGCUUCCAGCCUUCUGGAUAGUUACCUGAUUUCAUUCAGGAAGUGUUUACUGAUCACCUACUGUGUGCAAGGAAGGGAGGAUGCAGCAGAGAAAGCUUCAAAGGAUCGGGAUUGCUCAGAAAGGAAGGAGGCAAAGUAUGUGUGUGUACUGUGGAAGGGAAGUGCUGUAAGGAGAAGCCAGGGUGCGGGCCAGGGAAGCCAUUUUAAUAAAGGAGACCAUCCGCAGCCACGGAGGCCGCACAUUCCCAGCAGCAAGCAUGGCACCUGCCAAGGCCCAGAGGCUGGAGAGGGCUGUAGCAAGGGAUCAUCGAGACAGUGAGGGGACAGCUGUAGACAAGCAGAAAAGUGGCAUCCCAUAGAGUUUGUGUGGGGCCACAGGGUCUCCUCAUGGGUUUUGGGCUGAAGAGGGAUACCUGGCUGUAUUGAUGAGGAGGGGUGAGAGGAGGGGUGGAAGCAGAGGCUGGUGCGGGCUUGGGUGAGCAGCCAGCCCAUGGUGCUGGAGGUGGGAGAAGAAACCACAUUCUGAGUAUAUCAAGUUAUUUUUGUAAUUCAAUUUUUUUAAAGAUACCAAUCUACAUUACCAUGAAGUAUAUACUGUUUAAUGUCUUGGGUUUUUACUUAACCACACAUCAUGGUUUCACUAUUCACACAUAGCUGAAUAAAUGCUUUUAAUUAUGUAAACUUCA